AAGUUCCCUAUUUAGCUCCUCGGACCAAUUGGGUCCUUGCUCCACCCUCGCCCUCUCCCUCGCACGCCUCCCGCGUGAUACCGCCCACACCUUUAGAGCUGACGACCGCGCGGCGUUCCUCCGCCCGCGCUCGCUCGGCUGCUCCCCCUCCAGGGUGCGCUUGGUACGGCCCGCGCCGCCUACUUCCCUCGCUGGGGUGGCUGCCCCCCUUCGGGUCGGCGGCGCUUGGUGCCGCCCCGGAGAACCAGGUCAUCGGUCGGUUCCGGUGAAAACAAAAACAAUCGGCGGCGCCGCGGCGGGCUGCUGAGCGCGGCGAGCGGGAACGCAGGGUCGGGGUCGAGGGGCGAGCAGGAGUGCGGCGACGCGUCGGGGGCCGGGGCACCAUGGGGCAGGCGGGCUCGGGCUGUGCGGGGCUCCCGCGGCGCCGCGGCUAGCGCGCCUGCCGCCUCGGUCGCCUCAGCCGCCCGCGCCGCCCGCCUGGGGGACGAGGAGCAGGACGCGGCCUCGGCCGGGCCCGGGCCGAACGGCUGCGGACACCCGGGCGCCGGGGAGCCGAGCACCGCUGCCGCCGCCUCCGGGAUGGAUCAGUGCGUGACGGUGGAGCGCGAGCUGGAGAAGGUGCUGCACAAGUUCUCGGGCUACGGGCAGCUGUGCGAGCGCGGCCUGGAGGAGCUCAUCGACUACACGGGCGGCCUCAAGCACGAGAUCCUGCAGAGCCACGGCCAAGAUGCUGAAUUAUCAGGGACACUUUCACUUGUUUUGACACAGUGCUGUAAAAGAAUAAAGGAUACUGUUCAGAAAUUGGCCUCAGACCACAAAGACAUCCACAGCAGUGUUUCUCGGGUUGGAAAAGCCAUUGAUAAGAAUUUUGACUCUGACAUUAGCAGUGUGGGAAUAGAUGGCUGCUGGCAAGCGGACAGUCAGAGGCUUCUCAAUGAGGUGAUGGUGGAGCACUUCUUCCGACAAGGAAUGCUGGAUGUAGCUGAGGAGCUCUGCCAGGAAUCUGGUCUUUCUGUAGACCCAAGUCAGAAGGAACCGUUUGUGGAGUUAAAUCGAAUAUUAGAAGCAUUAAAAGUCAGAGUUCUGAGACCAGCUCUGGAGUGGGCAGUGUCAAACCGAGAAAUGCUCAUAGCCCAAAACAGCUCCUUGGAAUUUAAGCUACACAGACUGUAUUUUAUUAGCUUGUUGAUGGGUGGAACUACAAAUCAGCGAGAGGCAUUACAAUAUGCUAAAAAUUUUCAGCCAUUUGCCCUAAAUCAUCAGAAAGACAUUCAGGUUUUGAUGGGAAGCCUUGUGUACCUGAGACAAGGGAUUGAGAACUCACCAUAUGUUCACCUACUUGAUGCAAACCAGUGGGCUGACAUCUGUGACAUCUUUACACGGGAUGCCUGUGCCCUCCUGGGGCUCUCCGUGGAGUCCCCUCUCAGUGUCAGUUUCUCAGCAGGUUGUGUGGCGCUGCCGGCUUUAAUCAAUAUCAAAGCUGUGAUUGAACAGAGGCAGUGCACUGGAGUUUGGAACCAGAAAGAUGAAUUACCCAUUGAAGUGGACCUUGGUAAGAAGUGCUGGUAUCACUCUAUAUUUGCCUGUCCUAUUCUUCGUCAGCAAACGACAGAUAACAAUCCACCCAUGAAAUUGGUCUGUGGUCAUAUUAUAUCAAGAGAUGCCCUGAACAAAAUGUUUAAUGGUAGCAAAUUAAAAUGUCCGUAUUGUCCAAUGGAACAAAGUCCAGGAGAUGCCAAACAGAUAUUUUUCUGAAGAAAUAACUUUAGUUUGCAACUUGUAAGUGAAACUGAAUUGGGGGCGCAUUUCAGAAGAGAGCGUUCCAUUUAAUGCAGCUAACCAAGGACUCUCGUGUUUAUAUAAGCUAAUGCUCCAGAAACUUUGCCAACAUUUUAGUGUAUACACACUGAGGGGAGUGCUCCAGACGAAUAUUAUCAUAGGGCUUUAUUAUAUUCUUGGUCUUCAUUUCUGAUCAAGUAAAUACACCAGCAGUUGUCAUUCAAUGCAGGUUUUUGUACUUAAUUAUAUGGUGAUUUUUUUACUUUUUAAGAGCAGAAACAGAAAUUGACCUCCCCAUGUGUUUAAUAUUCCUCCUGCUUUUACUUUCGUCAUUUCCUUGAUAAUUGUUAAGCAUUAAGAAUGUUUGUGAGAAAGCUUUAUUUCCUGUUAUGUAUACAUAAUUAAAUGAAAAUUCUUCAGAAAAGUUUGAAAAACUGAAUUGUGGUUAUAAAACUAAUUUCCUUUUUUUUUUGCUUAAGGAAGAAAGCUGUGGUAGAUUCCAAAUUUGCUUUUUGAUGUUUUCCUCUGCUCCAGCUCUCACUGAGGAGUCAGCAGACUUGCGUUUGAGCUCUGCUUGUAGCCCCAGCGGGCUGCCUGUUUAAAAUUCCAUCAUGAAUUUAGCAGGUUGGUGUGAGAAGUUUCCGCCAGAACAGAGUGGAAGGAGUUCUAUUGUUUCUUUGCUUUUAUUGCCAAGAGGUGCUUAUUUUAAAAGUGUGUUCAAUAAAAUGAAAUUCUGAAGUUAGAAGUGUUCUUAAGUUGCUAUUUGCUCUCUUGGUCUUGGUAGCCCUAUUCUCUGAAAUCUGCCUUCAGGACUUGGCUGUCUAUUGCAUUUGUAUAUCAUUGCAGACACAGUGUUGUGUGUGUGUAUAUAUACGUGCACCAGCAUCAAACAUUGUGUAUCUGGAAGGGAAAAAGCAUGUUCCAGUCCUAAAGUGCAGUUACCAGACUCAUUACUUUAAAUCUUUGAAGUUAGAAGCUAGCAAAUUUUCUGUAGUGCAGAAUAUGUUUAUUGCUGUUUUUUGUAUUUGAAUAGUAUACUGUUCAAUGCCUCUCUUCUGCAAAGUGUAUCAUCUCAUUGACUGUGAAUCUGUAUGUUAUUCUAAUGGAUACAGAUGAUGAUCUUUUCUCUUGUGAGGUAUCUUCGUUUAAUGCACUGUCCAGAAAUAGCCAUUUGUAAGAGUCUUUCUCUGUGUGAGGAAGUAUAUGGAAAAGACUUCUGUGGACAUAAUUCUGACGUAAACCCAUUAAGUUACUUCAUUGUGAGAAGAAUGUUAUAUGGAGAUCACCAAAUAUUUUGCAACUUUAUUUCAUCUGACAUGGAACUGAAUAUAAAUGUAGGAAAACUACCAUGAGAAAAUGGAAAAAGAAGAAAACACAGAAGCAAAGAGAAACGUGACACUUCAGAUUUUUAAACUACAGAUUGACCUAGUUUGAGGGGGAGGGAGAGAACAGAUUUGGUGCUAAGUUAAUUGGAAACUGACGGCAUUUGCAGUAGAAUACCAGCCUGGACGGUUUAUCCUGAAAUGUUUACCCGGGACAGCUGGGAUUUGCGUGUAAAGGAAAGGAGUACUGUGGAAAAGCCCUGCUCGAUUGCUGUGUGUGGUCAGGCUUAUGUUGAGGGCUACUGUGUGCUGUGUGGGUUAGCCGGGAGUCGGGAUUGACCUGCCCAGAGUGCUCGCUUUGUCCAACCUCAGUCUUGGCCUCACAGCAACUUCUGCCCCAUGUUUCUGCUUUCCUGUUGGAACCCUCUCCCCACUAAGGCAGUGAAGGAAGAGAGCAGAGAAAAGCUCCUUGGACUUCAAAAGAGAAGGUAAAGAUCCCAGGCAGUACUCUGGCCGAGGAUGUAAAGCUGGUUUAUUAUAUAUUUUUUCCUUGAAUUAAAACCCAGAGUGUCAUCUUUUUUUACCUUUUUCUCACUAGGCCAGAUUUAGCUUUAUUAACACCUUACUCUCACCUUUUCACCUUAAACACCUACAUAACAUUUUGGCUUCACGUGAGGUUUGAACAAUACAGACAUUGCUGUAGAGGCUGGUAGUUAAUAUUUUUGGUGGCCAGACGCUUCACAUAGUUGGCUCAGGCCACUUUCAAGGACAAAAGCCAGUGCUCUGCUUUGUCCCUCUCCCAGUGUUGGAAUCCUGUUGACAGUUUUCUGUGCAGCCCUGAAACUUUAAACAGAACUUGCUUUAACUGAAGCAUUUGAUUGUACAGCUUCCUGUGCAAGGUCCUUGCAGUCCCACUGGGCAAGAUUAGGGCCAAAAAUUUCGCAACUCUUGAUCUGACACUUUCACAAAUGUGAAAACUAGUGACCUUCUUUAAACGCAUGGACUUAAAAAUCAUUGGUAACUAAAUGUGAAGGAGAGGUGGAUUUGAAGAGGCCAGACCUCAACCAAAGAUGCUACAUACAACGUGCUGUCCAUCCUACUCUAGAAACACCUUCACCAGUGGUGUCAGGCCCGGGUCAUCGCUGAGGCUGUGUAUGUCAGCAGUGUGGAAGGAUGCUCCCCAUCGCGGUUUCCACUUGCAAGAGGUCAUGAUAGAGCCAAGGUUUUUUCAGUCAGACUAAUUAUCAUAUUGAAAACAGAAUUUCAGAAUGGUUUCUUAAAUUUCUUUAGGAACCAUUUCCAUUUAUCAGUUGUGGACAAAGGCCAUGGGACUAUGCUAGACCAAUAAAACCUUAUUGUUAGAUCCUUAGAUUCUUAUUAGCUAGAGCAUCUGUGCUUUCAAGUACAAUCUGAAGAACAGUGGCUAAGGAUGUCUUGAUAUUUUUUCUCCUUUGUGAAUGAAUCUGUGAUCAUCACAGAUGCCAUUUCUGUUGUUUUAGUGGUGAUUAUCUGAGACUUCUAAUAAAUAAAUGAACGGGUAUUGGUGCCUCUUGAUUUUAAAAAUUUUGAAAAGAGCCACCGCAUAUUCAUAGGGUGUGUGAGUAUUUUGUGAGUGUAUGAGCAUUUAAUUGAAAAUAAGAAAGUUAUGAAGUAAAUCUUUUGUUUUGAUGUUUUUCAGUAGCAGCUGAUGUAUACAGUGACACUAAAACCCACACCAAAUUGUGUGGGGAACGAGGAUCCUUCUUUCUCUCCAGGUGUCCCACAGGUCAUGCAGUUGAACUUCAGUAAUCCCUGUGCUGUGAGUUAUUGCCACCUCAGUGGUUUCAGCCUUUGGUAUAGUAAAUACUGCGGAAACCAAGAACUCUUGGUUAUCCGCACAAGACAGGCUGCUGGUAGACAUUAGUCCUCUAGCUUUCCAACUCAACCUCUGAUUAAGUGGACUGAUAGUCAAGCUGGUCAGUCUGCUUAGUCAGCAGACUCAGGUUAUUUUCAGGGAAGGCACGGAGGCAUGGUUUGAUUAAUUUCAUCACUGGGAUGUGUAAGAUGAAGACACAAACCAAAUACCUUUCAUUACUUUGUACAUUAUCUUUGGUAACACUAGAAUGCUGUGGUCUUGAGGGAACAUUAGCAAGGAAUACGUAGAAGGUUUGGCGCUUCCUAAGCCUGUCCAGCUGUGGCGGGAUUUACGUGGUACCAUAGUGUUUACCAUAAGCAGGUACAUGAACUGUCUUGUUGAACUAUAAUUGAAUAGAUACCAAAAAUAGAAUGACAAAUGUAUUUUAAUAGCAGAUGAGGCAAUUAGUUUUAGGAUGAGUUUUCCACUGUUGAUUUUACUUUAAGACAUAGGGAGAGAAAACAAAGUUCUGUUUUCCAAACAUUUCCCUCUACAGUUUUAGACUGCAGUGGGCAUAUGCUUCAUUUACUUCCAAAGAGGCAAAAGCAGCUGGUUUUGGCUCAUAGCACAUGCUUUGUUUCGUGUCGUGGAUGAAGACCUACACUCUUACGUUAGCAGUCACUUAACAUUCUCCAGCAAGGCACAUGUGGGCUUCCCUAGGAUUUAGUGCCUGAUCUUUUCUUUUGGGAAGGGGUGGGAGUGAAUGUAUUGGGGAUGGGAGGGAAGCGGGGGAAGAAAAUGGGAGCGUGAGUGAGUGUGCAUGUGUGUGAAAUUCACCAUUACCCCACCUGUGUCUAGCAAGGAACAGAGACUUAAAUGUAUUUUGCUCAUGACUGCAGUAUGCAUGUAUUUUUUUUUCUCCUCCAUGUUUUCUAAACUUACACUAAAAGGACUCAUCAAAUCAUCUUGUUCAGAUGGCUCAGGAUUGUAUUUCUUUUGCUUACCCUGUGCUCUUGGGUUCUAUAGUAUUUCUAUAAUUAUGUAACAAGAAUAGUGUUGCACUGUAAUCUAUCAUAGAGCUAUAUGUAUGGAAAAUUUUGAUCAGUUUUUUAAGAAAUGUAUCCUGUUUGCAAAGGCACAAUAAAGUUGCAUCUUAUAGACUAUAGGCAAUAAAGCUAACAAUAAACCUUAUUUAACACAAACCAUAUUCAUAUUCUCUGUUCAUUUGAUUGUGGAAAAAGUCUAACACAUCCAGUAGUUUCAGGGAUUUCAUUUUAACUUAAAAAGUUCAAAUAUAUUUAAUUUAUAAAUUUCGGACUGAUAUAAUAGAGUUUUGGAAAACUAUAAGAAAUGCUUUGUUAAUGUGUGUAUUCCUAUGUAAAACACAUGGCUUCUCCUGUGUGUAUAUUUUUAAAAAUUAAAGAAAUGCACAUUUAAAAA